UAUAUCUGUAUGGUGAAGCAGCAACACAGGAACACAGAAAAACUUUACCUCAGAUACGAGCAGGGGAAUAUGAAGCCCUGCCAGAAAAGCUUACAAAGGAUGAAUGGAAACCAGAUUUUGGACCAGCCGAGUUUGUCCCGUCAUGGGGAGCAACUGCUGUUGGGGCUCGCAAGUUUCUUAUAGCCUACAAUAUUAACAUGCUGAGUACAAAAGAACAGGCUCACAGGAUAGCUCUCAAUAUACGUGAACAGGGUCGCAGCAAAGACGAGCCAGGUAGAUUGAAGGAAGUUCAGGCAAUAGGUUGGUACUUGGAGGAGGCUAACAUGGCCCAGGUGUCUGUCAACAUCACUGACUUUGAGCAGACGGCAAUUCAUACAGUGUAUGAGGAAGUCUGUAAAGAUGCUGAGGAGUUGAACAUUGCUGUGGUUGGUUCCCAGGUAGUAGGACUGGUUCCCCUUGAAGCAAUAAUGGCAUGUGCACAACAUUACAUGGAGAAAAGUAACUUGUUUAUUCUAGAGGAGGACCAGAAGCUAAGACUAGUUAUUAAUAAAUUAGGCCUCAAUUCACUUGGUCCAUUUAGUCCUAAAGAAAGAAUUAUAGAGUACAUGAUAACAGAUGAAAGAGAAGGCCCCCUUGCAAGUAUGGAUGUGAAAGACUUUAUCCUGACAGUUGGAUCAAGGUCACCAUCACCUGGUGGUGGAUCAGUGUCAGCACUGGCUGCUUCACUGGGAGCAGCCCUUGGAUCAAUGGUUGGGUUUUUGACAUACGGUAACAAGAAGUUUUACGAGUUGGAUGGUCAGAUAAGAAAGUUAAUCCCACCACUUUAUAAGGCAAUGAAAGACCUGACACCAUUCAUAGAUGCUGAUGCCCUGGCAUUUAGUGAAUAUAUGCUUGCAUUAAAAUUACCAGCGGAGACUGAGGAAGAACAAGAUAUACGUUCUGCAGCAAUGCAAGAUGGCCUGUGUACAGCUAUACAGGUACCACUGACUGUAUCAAGACUAACUAAUGGAUUAUGGGAACCAUUGAAGGAACUUGCCAAGAUAGGAAACAUCAACUGUAAAUCUGAUUUACAGGUUGGUGUAAGAAUGCUGGAGACAGGAGUUUGGGGAGCCUAUUAUAAUGUGAAAACUAACCUUGGUGAUGUCACAAAUGAAGAUUUCAAGAAGAAGGUAUCAGAAGAAAUAGAAGGGGCUGUCAAGAUUGCACAAGAAAAUUGUGCAGCAAUUCUGAAGAUUUUGGAGGAAAGGAAAGCCUAAGAUCUAGUCAGACUUACACUCUAUGUGCUAUGCUUAAGUAAUCUUGCAUGAUUAUUAUCUCCACCAUAUGUUAUUUCAUGUUAUUAUUGGAUGUUAUUUCAUAGCAAGAUUGAAAAACAUGUUUAUAUGAUAAAUAAUUCAUUUGGUGAAGAAAUUAGUUUAUUAAUUAAAAAAACUUGAUAACAUUGUUAAUUGCUUUUGAAAGAAAUUACCAUUUUCUUCCAAUGGUUUUUAUUUUAUAAGUUUCUAUUUGCCAGAUAAAUAUUUUAGAAUUAUAGGAAUAUGUUGGGGAAAAAAACAAGGUAUGAAUGCUUAUAGUUUGACUAAAGUGAAUAUUUUUCUUAAUGGGGGAAAAUAGACAAGUUGAGAUUGAAAAGAUUUAUUUAAUACACAGGUAUGAUAAGAAAAUAUCCCAGAAUUUAAUAAAACAAUUUCAUAUACCAAAGAUGUGAUAGACAAGUUUAGGGUACUUUAUGCUUCAAACAUUUAAAGCUUUUAAAUGUGACACAAAGUUUUUUUUGAUUAGCAUAAUCUAGUUAUAAAAUUGAAGGACAAAAUGUGAGUAUACUUCUAA